AACAAAUGUCUGUUAGGUUGAUUCGCGCAAACAGGCCCCGCGGGGCUUCCAAUGGAGUAUCCAAGCUCUGAUGACCUAAACAGAUUUAACCUUAUGAUAAACAUCACAAUACAUGACGGAAAUGAAUCGCAAGCCAGCAGUUUGGAGGGCACAAGCAGCAAUGGAACAAUCAUUUUGAACAGCACGGACUCCAAUGAGGCGCUUGCUCUUUCAACAGCAACAGAUGAAACGCAAUCUUUGGUCGCCGCUACAGCAGACUCCAACACGAAUGGUAUCUCGAACAAAUCAGCUGUUCCUUGUAAAGUUUGUGGCGAUAAGGCAUCAGGAUAUCAUUACGGCGUAACAUCCUGCGAAGGUUGCAAAGGCUUCUUUCGACGCAGCAUCCAGAAACAAAUCGAGUAUCGUUGCCUGCGCGACGGUAAAUGUUUAGUUAUUCGCUUGAAUCGGAACCGGUGUCAAUAUUGUCGUUUUAAAAAAUGUUUGGCUGUUGGAAUGAGCAGAGAUUCUGUACGCUAUGGCAGAGUUCCUAAACGUACACGCGAAAUAAACGCAAAUGUAAUUAGUACGACGUCAAACACAACAAUAAGUAGCAAAAGUAGUAACAAUAACUCAAAAUCUUGCACGACGUCAAAUCUCGCCGCAUCGAGUCCCGCAUUCGCAGAGGAGUUGUCGGAAAAAGUUGGCUCAGGCAGUGAACCAAAUACGCCCCAAAUGUGUCCAAGUGUUGCAAAUUCGCCGCCCGAAGUUCUUUCGCCAUCAUCGACGACGACGACGACGAGCACAAAUUUCGUCGUGAGCGCCGCAGAUCACGAAUUGUCCGUUUACGAUGUCAUUUUGUGCGUUUCGCAGGCUCAUCAUGCCUUUUGCACGUACACUGACGAACACAUAAGGACACUGACGCGAUAUCCAAUCACAAUGCCGGUUAGUGAAAACACGGAAGAUAAUAAUGUUGCUACAUCCGUUACAGAAGCAUUGGAAGAGCAAAAAAUCUUUUUGUGGCAACAAUUUGCACAACACAUGACGCCAGACGUACAGAAGAUUGUAGAAUUUGCAAAACGUGUACCUGGUUUUUGUGAUUUCACACAAGAUGAUCAAUUAAUAUUAAUUAAAUUAGGGUUUUUUGAACUAUGGUUAAGUCACAUCGCAAAAACAACCACCGACACAUCAUUAACGUUCGAUGAUGGCACCUAUUUGACGCGACAACAGCUGGAAAUAAUGUAUGACGUCGAUUUUGUCAACGAUUUGAUAUCCUUCACAAAUGGCUUGAAUGCGUGUGCUCUAAGUGACACGGAAAUAGGACUUUAUACCGCUCUCGUACUCAUGUCGUCAGAUCGUGCGGGCACACAAGACCAAAAGACCAUUGUUCGGGCACGCGAACGAAUCGCCGAAGCACUUCGUGUACAAAUUAUUCGAUCUCGUCCAAAUGCAGCAUCGGCGGCGCUCCAAACGUUGCCCGCUCUCGAAGCGAAAAUCCAAGAAUUGCGAUCUCUUGGGUAUCGUCAUUCGACGCACUUGGAUUGGUUCCGAACGCAACAUUGGACCGUUGCGAGAUUGCCGCCCCUCUUUGCCGAAAUUUUCGACAUUCCUAAGGCUGAAGAUGAUCUUUUACAGCAAUAAUUCGUACUGCAACUCGAAUAAAGACUUUUUCAUUAAUUUUUUUUUAGAAGAAAUUUAGCGAAAUUCUCUCAUUAAACGUAAAGAAAUACUAAACUAAAGCAAUGAAUGUAUUGUAAAUACAGACGACUUAAACGUAUGCCAAAUUUUUAAAUAACUUUUAGCCAUGAGAAGCGCGCGCUUUGAAUUUCCACAAAGAAAACUUUUGUUUUUUACGUUUUUUGUUCGUUUUUCAUACAGACUGCCUUUAAUUUUA